AUGAACCGGCCCAUCCAGGUGAAGCCGGCGGACAGUGAGAGCCGAGGAGAGGACCGCAAGCUCUUCGUGGGGAUGCUGAGCAAGCAGCAGGCGGACGAGGACGUGCGCAAGAUGUUCGAGCCCUUYGGGACCAUCGACGAGUGCACGGUGCUGCGCGGGCCCGACGGCACCAGCAAAGGCUGCGCCUUCGUCAAGUUCCAGAGCCACGCGGAGGCCCAGGCCGCCAUCGCCGCCCUGCACGGGAGCCGCACGCUGCCCGGCGCCUCGUCCAGCCUGGUGGUGAAGUUCGCCGACACGGAGAAGGAGCGGGGGCUGCGGCGCAUGCAGCAGGUCGCCAGCCAGCUGGGCAUGUUCAGCCCCAUCGCCCUCCAGUUCGGCGCCUACAGCGCCUACACGCAGGCGCUGAUGCAGCAGCAGGCGGCCCUGGUGGCCGCCCACUCGGCCUACCUCAGCCCCAUGGCCACCAUGGCCGUCCAGAUGCAGCACAUGGGCACCGUCAACCCCAACGGCAUCAUCGCCACCCCCCUGCCCCCCUCCUCAGGCCCCGAGGGCUGUAACAUCUUCAUCUACCACCUGCCCCAGGAGUUCGCAGACACCGAGAUCCUCCAGAUGUUCCUGCCCUUCGGCAACGUCAUCUCUGCCAAGGUCUUCGUGGACCGGGCCACCAACCAGAGCAAGUGCUUCGGCUUCGUGAGCUUUGACAACCCCGCGAGCGCCCAGGCCGCCAUCCAGGCCAUGAACGGCUUCCAGAUCGGCAUGAAGCGCCUCAAGGUGCAGCUCAAGAGACCGAAAGACGCCAACCGGCCAUACUGAGGGCCGGAGGCGCCGCAGCAGCAGCCGGCGAGUGGGGCCUGGGGGG